UCAUACUGGGUGGUGUUUUAUUUAAGUUUUAGUUGAAAAUUAAUAAUUAGUAAAUAUAUUCCAUUACGUUUUAAGAGAUAUUUUACACAUAUUUAAAUUUUCUUUCCUAACAUUAAAUAUUACGUAAAAAAUCAUGUAGAAAAUGAACAUUUUCACAUAUAUUUAUUAAGAAAAUGAAGGAAAAAAAUUAUUUGGUUCUUUUAAUAUCACAUGCUUUCAUUGGAAUAGGAUUUUUCUUUCUGUAUGUUCAUUAUGUCAGAACCAUUUUUGAAGCAAGAACUAAUUUUGGACAUUUGACGAAAUUAGGAAAAGAAGCGCUACUUCGGGAAGAUGCUUUAUAUUUUUCGUUUUAUAAAACUAUCAUAGAAGAAAAUAAUUUUUGGGAUGGAUAUAAAAAAUUAUUAAAUUAUACUGAUAUAGAAUACCCAAAUGGCAUCAAUUUGGUAAAACGUUUUCAUGUGCUUCCAGAAAUUUUUAUUGGAUAUUGCUACCACUAUUUUAAAAGCCUUAGCUCUAAAUUUGGUUUUCCUAUAAUAUCUUGCUGGUCUAACGAGAAAAAUUUGAAUGGCAAUAAUGGAGAUAUUAUAUGCGAUGGAAUUGGAGAACCAUUUUACUUUUACCUAGAAUUUCUAUGGGCAAUGGGAGGCUUUACCGUCUUCUUUCUAUACAUGUAUGGCUCGUUUUUAAGUGAAAAUAUAUUUGGUGGAAUAUAUGCGGUUGUGUUGUACAUAAUAUUUCAUAAAAAUGCAUCAAAAAUAUAUGAAAGACCUGUCGCUAGAGAGAAUUUCGCAUUUCCUUUUAUUUUUUGGCAAAUGUUUUAUUUAUCUCUUUGUAUUGAAAAAUCUGAUAGAUAUGUUAGCAAUAAAUUUAAAAUAAUUAUGUUAGUUAAACUAGUAAUUCUAACUACAAUAUCGCUUUUAUGUUGGCAAUUUUCGUCAGUUAUUUUUGCUACGCAAAUUAUAAUAUUAAUAACACCAUGGAGCAUAGGACUAUUUUCAAACUGGUUUAGUAUAUAUUAUGCUAUAUCUCAUUUUGCUUCAACCCUGCUAGCAUAUUAUUUUAGUUACGGAAAUAAAAAAUAUUUUUUGUCUUGGCAAAAUGGGCCAGCAUUGGCUUUGUUCUCCAUAAGCUUUUUCUAUAAUAGAAAGACUCAACCUAAGUUUUCUGGCAUAACUUCGGAGAGUAUUAGAGGAGGAACUCUUGGAAUAUUUUAUGCUUUCAGUUCGCAAGGAUUUUUAAUCGAUUUGCUAGAAAAGUCUGGUUUUACUAAAGCUGAUGAUAAUCCUUACUCGAUUUAUAGGGAUUUGAUAUUACAUUGGACUUUACAAAGGCGAGCGAAUUUCACUACAAGUUUACUUGCUUGUCAUUCCGAUUAUAUUGAAGCAAGUUUAAAUGAUCUUUGGGAGUUAAUCAAAACAUUAUUCGUGAAACCAUACUGUUUAUAUGGUGUAGUCAUACUUGCAAAAUUUUUUAGAAAAUGGCGUAGAGCAAAAAAUCCACACGAGCGUUCAUUAGAACAGAAAGAACGUGCCAAAAAUUAUAUACUUGAAGACUUUAUGGAGGAGAACCAUAUUACUAUAAAAGAGAUGACAAAUAAAGAAACCGAAAUGGAAUUAAAUUGUUGUUUUAAAUUAUUAGAGGAAUGUAACUACGAUUAUGAAAAGUAUAAAAAAGAAAAAAAUCGUAUCAAAAAAGAAUCUAAACUCGAGCAUGAUGAUUUUAUGAACGAUGUUAAAAAGUUAAAAGACCAAAUUAAAGAAAAAAGACUUGAAGAAAAUAUUCAAAAAGGAGAAAAAAAAAUUAUUUAUACAAGUAACAAUUAUGAAAAACCCAAAUUUAAUGAUCCGUCCGCAGACAAUUCUAAUGAAAAAACGAGCAACAAUAAUUCAUCCGCAUCAAAUAAAAAAGUACGAAAAAUAGAAAAAGUUUCUGAUAAAUAUAAUAAUAAUCAUUACGUUUAUAGUGUCGCACAAUUAAUAAUGUUUUUUAUAAUUGGUCUAAGCUUAAAAAAAUUAUUUUUCCUGUGUUUCACACAAGGUUGUGUAAUAGCUCCAACAUUGUGUUCGAAAUUUUGGUAUAGAAAACAAAACAAUGUUUUCUGGACUAUAUCCCUCGUAGUAUUUUUUACCAGUAUAGUAGAUCCAGGUUUACAUAAUAUACAACAAGAACAUCUACCUGAAACGAAAACUUCUGGUGAUCUACAAAAUAUGCUAGAGUGGAUAUCUUUAAAUACUGAAGAAGAUGCUGUUUUUGGUGGACCGGUAGAAAUUAUUGGAACAGUUCACUUAGCUACACGAAGGCCAAUAGUCAAUCAUGCGCAUCUUGAUAUGCGACAAAUAAGCGGAAGAACAGAAAAAAUUUAUUCUGUGUUUAGCAGACAAGAAUCAUCUGAAAUUUUCAAUCACUUCUCUCAAUUAAAAAUUCAAUAUUUAGUUCUCUCAUUCAACGAUUGUAGCAACUCAUCAUCUUUUGACGAAUGUGAUAUAUUAACCAUUUGGGAUGAAAUUCAACCUACUUUUAGAAAAUAUCCGCAAUUUUGUGCUGAAUUAUUUAAUAAAAACAUUCCAAGUUUUUUAAAAAUUUUUGCAAAUAAAAAUUUUGGAAUUAUAAAAAUGUUUUCUCAGAGCGUUCAAUUAAAUCUUCGAUAUAAUAAAAUGUCUGAGAAAAUAAUGUAGAAUCGUGAUUUUAAGAAUAAUUUUGUGAAAUAUGAUUGUAUAUGUACGUUUUAGAUAUAAUAGUGUUUACAAUAAAUUAUGUGUGUACGUUUUAUUUCA